CAACAUGGCUGACUCGGGCACGACUGCUAGUGCCAACACUAGCAGUACAAGUGGUUCUACCACCAGUAGUGCCACAAAGGAAAUUACCCAGUAUCUGAAUGUAGGGAAUGCUAAACUAGUGGCAUUGACAAUGGUGAUUGCUUUUGUUCUUUACCAUGGAAGUCUUCAUUUUAGAUACGGGAAUGAUUCCUGUAAGUGGCUGAUGAGUGAGGGACGUUUUCCUGGUAGUAACACAUGGCAACCGUAUGGAUGUAUGAUGCACAAGUACACGAAAACAGAUGCAAGGACCUGCAUGCACUAUGUGUCCUACUGGGGUGGCCACAAUCAUUUUGCCUUUGUGGGCGACUCUCGUAUUCGGCAGCUGUAUGGACAGAUGGUGGAGCUCAUCACUGAGAAGGGAGUGGAAGGAGUUGACGGGAAACCUCAUCAUGACCUGCAUUUUCAGGACAAUAAGAUCAAUAUAAAAAUUGACUUUCUUUGGCACCCAAUGGUGAAUGCAUCAAUGUAUGAGGUCUAUGAAAAGUGGCUGAAGAGUGAUCAACCUGGCGCUCGGCCUAAUGUGAUUGUCACUGGAAGUGCAACAUGGGCCAUCAAGACUUUCAAUGGAAGCAUUGAUGCUCUGAACAAUUUUCAAGCUAACCUCUCAAUGAUUGAGAAGAAAUUUGAGAAGUUAAAGGAUUCUUCAAAAGUUUUUUGGAUGCUGCAGGAUCCAGUCCAGGAGGAGAAGCUUUCCGAGAAUCGUCUCAUGAUCACCAAUGAGCAAGUGGACAAGUAUAACAAGAUAGCUAUCAGUACUUUGAAGGACUCCUCUGUGACGCUGUGGAGCUCCUCUCGCCUAGUGGCCCAGGGAUUCAAGAAGGAAUUGUCAGAUGAUGGCCUGCACAUACAGAAAAGACCACUGGAAAUUGAUAUCACGAUGCUGCUCAACAUGUACUGUAACAAUGACAUGAACCAUGAUGACGGAACCUGCUGUAACACCUCAGAGCGGGCCACCACACUGCAGAUUAUUACUGCCACGGGAUUCCUUGUCUGCAUGUGUAUCUGUGCAGGCCUUAUGUUGUACCGUCGCAAGGUUUCGCGGAAUGGGAGCAAAGCAAGAGCUGAAAACGGACAACGCAAUGGUCAGGGUAGCCAGCAAAAGGACUAUAAUGAAGCUUUCUACGAAAUCAUCACAUCUUUGUCCAAGCUGGGUCUCAUCAUGGCUUAUUUCUACCUGUGUGAUCGCACCAGUUUUUUUAUGAAGGAGAACAAGUACUACACCCACCUCAACUUUUUCUUGCCUUUUGCGUAUGUGAUGAUCUUGGGAUUUUUCUUCACAGAAAACACUGAUAAGAUGAAUGUGUUGAACAAAGAUCAGACAGACGAAUGGAAGGGCUGGAUGCAGCUGGUAAUCCUUAUCUACCAUCUCACUGGAGCCAGCAAGGUGCUCCCUAUCUACAUGCACAUUCGGGUGUUGGUGUCGUCCUACCUGUUUCUCACAGGAUUUGGCCACUUUAGCUACUACUGGGAGAAAGGAGAGUUUGGCUUUGUGAGAUACUGUCUGCCAACCCAAUGCACUACUUGUACAUGAUUCUCAAGAUGGUGGUGCUUAUAGUUGUCAUCUCUUUGUUCUACUUGUCUGAGGUUUUCUUUGAGAAAGUUUUCCUGACGCGUCCCAUUAAGGCACUGUUUGUCACUUCAGAUGACUCUUUGCAUGAGUGGCGGUUCCGUUGGCAGCUGGACAGAUAUAGUGCUGUGUACGGGAUGCUGUUUGCCUUUGGCUACAAAGUUUUGAGCCGUUACAAGCUGCUACGUGAUGGAGGUCCAGACAACCUACUCUCCAAUCCUAUCUCAUGGCUCAUCUGUGUUUUCUCAGUCAUUGGCAUUGCGAGCUAUGCCAUAUUUUCUGUGCUGUGCAGCAACAAAUUUCUGUGCAAUGAUGUCCAUUCAUACUUGGUAUUUUUACCGAUUGUAUCAUAUGUGUUAUUGAGAAACACACCAGGCUGUUUGAGGACAAAGUACAGCCCAUUUUUUUCCUGGUUUGGGAAAAUCUCCUUAGAGCUCUUCAUCUGCCAGUACCACACCUGGAUGUCAGCGGACACUCAUGGGGUCCUGGUGCUGAUCCCCAGCUACCCAGUCCUCAACGUAGUCAUCACCUCCUUCAUCUUCAUCGUGGCGGCCCACGAGGUGCACCAAAUCAGCCAGCUGCUUUGUCACUACGCCGUGCCCCAGGAGCUGAAGCUGCUCGUACGGAACAUCGUCGUCUUCAUCGCUGUCCUCAUUCCUUUAUGCUAUGUCAAUGGGCUACUGGCCUUGUAGCAUUGGCUUUCACCUAGGCCCGGUUUUUAUUUAGAACAGUCAUCAUUGUAAAUUAUUUAUUAUUAUGAUUAUUUUACCUCUUUCUCUGCCAGCGAUGGGAGUAGACACUCCUCUCUGUGUGGGUUCCGAACAACAUUUUGUGAUGAAACAAGGUAUGUUUGUUUCACCUUGAUUGACUUUGGUACUGUAUUAAUCAUUCAUCAAAUGAUGAGUUUCGUUGUGAAAAUAUCGAUGUGAAUCAAAAUCAUGUUGCUCCCUAUUGUCGUGGGUCCAGGUGUGUGGUUAACACUACUGGAAACUUAAUGUGAUGGACAUGUGUGGUGUAUGAGACCUAGGAAGCCAUACUAUUUGCCUUAUAAAUGUUGUGAUUGUGACUUAGGAGAUGUGGGUUACCUUCUAAAUCACAUCAAUGAUUUGAGAUAAUUAUGAUUGUGAUGUGGAUUGUUUCUGUGCCAUGUGAAGACCCCUCCACUCUGACGAAAGAUUUCCUAUUCAGUGUCACUUAACCUCUUCAACCCUACAAUACUGUCACAAGAGUAGCCCUGAAUCCCAAAUGAAAGUGACAUUGCUGUUUAAAAUUUUAUACACUUUAAAAAUUUCAGCCAGAAGUACAGUUUUCAAUAAGUGCACCUGCUGACUUCUGGUGACUGCAGAGUUAUUUUGAUGUCAGCGAUGCAAGUAUAGAGCACCUAUUUGGUGUAGGAUUCUAAUGAUUCAGAGAAAAAGAAAUAAAAAUGCUUCAAAGUAGCUACAGGAUGAGCAGUUGUACCGAUGCGGAAAUUAAGAUUUGAUAGAUCUGGAAAACCCCUGUAUUGUUUUAUGGGUAUCUUUGCUUCUACACAGUUUUGAAUAACAAGAGUAGAGUUGCAUCCCUAUGUUCUCGGUCCACUUGCUGAUGUGGUCAUGUCUGUUUCAAGGCUAUUAGGCUCGGGAUUCCCAUGUAGUAGCUAAAACAAAGAAAUAUGGUGUGUAGUGUGUUGUGCGCAAAUGAUGAAGUCAGUCUGGCUUCAUGAGGGUUUUGCGUGCACUCUGCAUUCGCCAUAAUGACUUCGCAGAGGUAAACUAGGUCUACGGAUCAGGUUGUAGCAGAAAUUUAUCGAGAUGCAGACAGUGAUAACAAAGAUUUCAAUUCAUCUGAAAAUAGUUUUUGUCAUAGAUCUAAUCUCCAAGAUGACAGGGAUCUCGAAUACGAAGAUGGAAUUUUUAAAAAUCUUUCACCUGCCAAAUUCUUCUACAGAAUACUUAUACCUAAAAAUGAUGAACACCAAUGGGUUUUAUGUUCAUUUCUCUUUUAUUCGAUAUGUACUUUGCUAUUUCUAGCCUUUAUAGUAAGCAAGCUAUAGCCAUUCAAAAAGCAGACCGUGUCAUACACAGCCACUGUGGAAAUUUCCUUAGCACAUGCGGUGGACUUAUGGUUAGCAGUCAAGGAUUUAAUAUGGGGACUCCCUGUCAAAGAAUUUUAAGCUAGUAUGCAUUCGUGUAUUUUUACUGUUGAAAAAAAAUUUUCCUCUCUCUAGUUUAAUGUACUAGUACUAUGCAAAAUGUGAUAUGAACAUCCUUUCAGGUUGUGGAAAAUGAAUGCAUCAACGAAUGUCAUGAGAUUGAAUUUCCCUUUAUUGCAUGUACACUGUUAAAAGGACUAUUAGUUUGUUUUCUCUCUGGUACUAAGGAUUGCUCUUGAGACCCAAAGAAUGUUCAGUACAUCUUUGUGUUU